AUGAAGGCCUGGCUCUAUGCCUCCGUCCUGGGCAUGUCCCUCUGGGCGGCUAACGCUCUAGAGGUGAAGAUGGACCAAACGGACGAAAACAGACAAAGAUGCUCAGGCAUGUACAGUCGCAGCGCUUGGGGCGGACCUGUCGACCCUUACAUCAACGUCAUGUUUAUCCCGAAGGAAGCGGCAGCUGACCAGGACCCUACCGUGAGCUUGGUCAUCUUCGAGUGGAAAGAUGAGGACUUGAUCGGCGUUCGCGAGACCCCUGAUGCAGAGAAUAAAAUUGGUAUUUGCCAGGAGGCAUUCGUCAAGAAGAACUACUGCAACGAGACGGACAUUGGCAAGUUCAUCAUCGAUAAGGAAGCCACAACCAAGUCGAAGAACAUUAUCGAAACGAAAGCCAUUCACCUCAAGGAGCCCCAGAGCACCAAAUACAUGAUCAAGAAGACGGGCUAUUACUGCGUCCUAACCGACAAGUUCACUGCGGGCGAGUUCACUGCUGUUGUGGAGUUCCGCAAUGCCUACGGCGAGCUGCCCGCGACUCAAAUUCCGAAGCUGCCUUUUUACGGAGGAAUCACCAUCCUCUAUGCUUUAGUUGCCGUAUUCUGGGGCUUUUUGUACUAUCAGCACCGCCAUGAUAUUCUACCGGUCCAGAACUACAUUACGGCCAUCGUCAUCUUCCUAGUUGUGGAGAUGCUCUUGACAUGGGGCUUCUAUGACUACCUCAACCGAAAUGGUGCAAACAUUGGCUCCAAGGUGCUGCUGGUAAUAGUAGCCAUCUUGAACGCCGCUCGCAACUCCUUCUCUUUCUUCCUAUUGCUCAUUGUCUGCAUGGGCUACGGUGUAGUAAAACACACGCUUGGGCGAACCAUGAUCUGGGUGCGCUGGCUUGCGAUUGCCCAUUUCCUCUUCGGGCUCGUGUAUGCGAUCACCAGCUUGUUGAUUACCCCAGACGCUGCUGGGCCUUUUGUACUUCUCAUCGUCCUCCCCCUUGCAGGUACACUUACCGGAUUCUACAUCUGGACACUGAAUUCCCUGAACUUCACGCUCAAGGAUCUGCGUGAGCGCAAGCAGCAUGCAAAGGAAGCCAUGUACAAGAAGCUAUGGUGGUGUAUCCUCAUCAGCAUUUUCGUCAUCUUCGGCUUUUUCUUCUUCAACAGCUUCAGCUUCGCGUCAGUCAGCGACCCCGACUACGUUCCCUUCCACUGGAAAUCGAGGUGGUUCAUCCUUGAUGGAUGGCUGAAUCUUGUCUACUUCGCCGACGUGGCAUUCAUUGCCUAUGUCUGGAGACCGACGGCGAACAACCGACGCUUCGCCAUGAGUGACGAAAUUGCACAAGACGACGAUGGCACGUUCACUAUGGCUGAUAUUGGCGGCAUUGAUUCGGACGAUGACGACGAGGAAGCCCAGUUGGGCAAGAACAACACGACUGCUCCAUCAACCACUCUUGGCCACGGUGGCUCAUCGGCCGCACCAGCGAGCAUGCCCCAAGCCCAGCCACAAAGACACAUUCCUCGCGAGUCUUUGGAUGGAGAGACCAUCUUCGCAGUGGGAGAAGAUGGCGAUAGGUUCUCGGAUGAUGACUCUGAUGAGGAAGACGCCAAGCUUGUAAGCAAGAAAUAG